ACAGCCAAACAAUAUGGCGACCUGUGGUCAUAUUUGACGUGAGGUUUGUCAGUAAUACUCUUAAUUGUUAACAGUUAGUUGUGGUUGUGAUGACAAAGAAUUCAGGAUCAUCCAAGCGAUCCCUUUAGUCGGUAUUAGGUUGGCUGACAACUUUUCAUAACCAGCGGUGCUUCGAAAAUUAGACGAAAUAUGUCAGCAUUCGUACCGGGCACUGCGGCCCAACCCACCUCUGAGGUUGAAGUCACAAUUUCAUGCAGGUCACUGAAAGGAAAGGAUCUUCUUUCUAAGUCAGACCCAAUGUGUGUGGCAUUCAUACAACCAUUUGGACAAAAGCGCUGGGUGGAAAUCUUCCGAUCAGAAGUUAUUAGUAAUAAUCACGAUCCAGACUUUACAAAGAAGAUACAACUUCCCUAUCGAUUCGAGGAGCAACAAAAUCUGAAGUUUGAUAUAUACGACGUAGAUUCGAAUAGUUCUGAUUUGCGUGAUCAUGACUUUUUGGGGGCAGCUUCUUGUUCCCUGGGGCAAAUUAUUUCAAAUGGCAAGGUGAAGCUUCCUCUUGUGGAAUCAAGCACAAGUGGUGACAAAGGCUUUAUCAUUUUAACUGCAGAGGAGCUGGCAGCAUUAAAAGAUGAAGUUAUUAUUCAGUUCAGUGGACACAAAUUGGACAAGAAAGAUUUUUUUGGCAAAUCUGAUCCUUUCUUAGUCAUUGCCAAAUCACAGGAGUCAGGUGAUUAUAGCGUGGUGCACAAAACUGAGGUUAUCAAGUGUACCCUGAAUCCCAAGUGGAACAGAUUUACGAUACCAGUGCGCACUCUGUGUAAUGGUGACUAUGAUCGCAACCUCAAAAUCUCCUGUUUUGAUUGGAAUGCCAGUGGAAACCACAGCUACAUUGGUGAAUUUUAUGUCACCCUCAAGGAACUAAGUCAGCCUGGGGUUGCUAAUUCAUUUCCUUGUAUCAAUGAAGAUAAGAAGAAAAGAAAAGGUGAUGCAUACACACAUUCUGGAACAAUCAAAGUAGACUUCUUUGAAAUCCGCAAAAUAAACUCCUUCAUGGAUUACAUUAAGGGAGGAGUACAGCUCCACUGCUCUAUUGCAAUUGACUUCACUGGCUCCAAUGGUGAUCCCUCUCUACCAGAAUCCUUGCACUUUGUGAGCAACAUUCCCAACUCAUAUGAGUUAGCCAUCCGGGCAGUGGGCCAGAUUAUUCAAGACUACGACUCUGACAAGCAGUUUCCUGUGCUGGGAUUCGGAGCCCGACUUCCACCAGAUGGACGUGUCUCACAUGAGUUCUUUGUCAACAUGCAACCGGAUAACCCAUACUGCUUUGGGAUAGAUGGUGUUCUGGCUGCUUAUCACAGCUGUAUUCGCCAGGUACAAUUGUAUGGGCCAACUAACUUUGCUCCAGUAAUAAAUCAUGUGGCCAAAUUUGCAAGUGUUUACAAGGAUGGAUCCAACUACUUCAUUCUCUUGAUCCUUACUGAUGGGGUGAUAACAGAUAUGCCACAAACGGUUCAGGCAAUAGUUUCUGCAUCAUUUCUUCCAAUGUCCAUUAUUAUAGUUGGUAUUGGCAAUGCAGAUUUUGCUGCCAUGGAAACAUUGGAUGCUGAUACUGUGGCCCUUCAAAGUGGGAAACAGCGAGCUGCUCGUGACAUUGUCCAGUUUGUACCUUUCAAUAAGUUUACUACCUCAGGUGACCCACAGACAGCUAGACUGCGCUUGGCAAGGGAAGUACUCGCGGAAAUACCAACGCAAUUCAUAGGGUUCAUGAAGUCUCACAAUAUUAACCCCCACCCUCCCUCAAACAGAGCUGAGGUGCUUUUACCUCCUGACCCUGAAGCCCUAGUGCUCUAAAGGCCUGUUUUCAAGGGACCCUAAAGCCCUAGUGCUUUAGUAAAAGCCUGUUGUUUUGGAGGAGGCACAAACUCUUGGCACUUUCAACUCUUCAACAAAAAAAUUUUAAUUGUUUUGAAGGUUUUAGAGGAUUACAGUCCAGAAUAACAUAUGAUGGGAAAGUAAAAUCCCAAAUUUAUCAUCAAACGCACAGAAUACAUUGUUGCUGGAUAAUACUCAAACUCCAAUUGUAAAGGGACCUCACAUGUUGAUCAAAACUAAUCUUUGCUCUGCACCAUCUUCUUUGGCUCUUUGACCAAAUCUUCUUGCUCAAUUCAACUUCCCCUCCUUUCUUUUUAACAUUUAUAUUUACAUAACUGUUGACUUUCAUAUUGUUGUUGUGCCUUUUAUUUUGAUCAAGUGAUAAUUUUUUUAAACAUAUAUGUGUUUUACUCUCGUAUUGUUCGUGCUGUCUGCUAUAGAAUAUUAAUGGAAACUUAGUUAUUGUAAGUUUAAAGUACCUCCAACUGUCUUUGAAAGCUAGCUUGUAUUUCUUUUUAAGUCAACUUUUAACUGUUAAGUAUUUUAAAAAAAAGGAUUCUUCUAUUUGCCAUAAUUUUUCUGACGUAUGGUAUGAUUUAUGUUGUGCAGUUCCAUGUCUGUGAUGCAUUCGUCUUCAAGUACAAAUUCUCAUUUAUUCACGUGAGAUUUCUUUCAUAGUUGUUCUGCCUUUUUUAUUAUUGAACAUUGAUAUUGUGAUUUUCAUGAUCCUUAACAGUUUGUAGCUGGUGGUCAUUUACCACCUUGCCCUUCUUCCUUAAGCUUUUUAUCAUAUAUUUCUGUGUGUUUCUUGGUGUUUAAAUUGUAUUCAAAUAUUUCUUGCCUGUGCGAAGCUAAUUUGCUUCUACUUCUCUCUUCCACCUUCUUUCUUACUAACACUUAAGCCUGUGUUUUGUAGCACUUGUUGGUACAUGCAUACCUUAUUUAGAACAACAUGUUAGCAGUUCUGCUUGAAUUUUCAGUAAGUGCACGGUUAGGUUCUGCCUCUUUGUUUGUGGUUAACAAAGGUAUGAGACCCAGUGACUCUUCAUAUUUGUGGCAAAUGAAAUGACUGGCCAGUGAGAUAUACUAGUCCAAAGACAAUUGUAGUUAGUGGGGAAAGGUCAUUUUAUAAGCCAAUAAAUAUAGCACGUUCUUAUCUUUUGCAACCUUGCAACAAAGAUGUAGUGUCAUCAUGAUUUUGAUGUCACAGAGCAGUUCCUACAUUCAUUUCAUGGUGGUUCCAUCGAGUAAAACCCUUCUUGCUGUAGAUCCCAGCUGAAGGUGGUUGCCUGACGGUAGUCUACUUUGAACUUGGACAUGAAAAUGAGCUUCGCACUUUAAAGUACAAGAACCAGAAUGUAAUUUUGUAUAAGAGUACAAAGUAGCUGUGAACUGAUGUAACUACAGAUAAGCUCAAUAUAUACAGCAAUGGGGUCUGAGCAGAAGUUAUGAUGGACUCUUGAACGCUUUAUUGAGCUUAUAUUGAGACACAACUGCCAUAUUUUGCCAAGCAAGUUCUAUGUUUGCAUCAAUGCUUAAAGUUAAUUAAAGAUUAUUUUUUAAAAAA